UACCGAGUCCCUGUCGGAUCUCUUGGGGUAAGAAAUUUUGUGAAAUUACGAUCAAUUGGCUGAGACGCUACCACUUGUACCAUCGAGCAAUUGGAAACCGGAAAUCCGUCAAGUGGUGACGCCUCGCGGGGCAAAUCAGCAACUUUCGCGCGCUGUUUUCGGCCAUCUUGUUCUCCCAAUGAAUCUGUGUCAAUAACAAAGAACUCAAACUCAAACACAAAACACCGAAUUUACCGUGAAUAGACAUAUGUUUAUCAGAAAAAAAAUAAAGUGCAACAAGCGAGUGACGGUCAAAUCUUGAGUCGUGUGAGUUUUGGGAAGGGCGUAUUAUUUUUUAUUUCAAAAACUUCUCCAUGAGUUCCUCGGGGAACGACGGAGUUGCUGACGACUCCGUCAUUUGUUUGGAUUCGAGUAUCGACGAGAACGCGAUCGAAAUUGUGAACGAUUGUGAUCAGUCAGUUUUGGAAAAUGUUGCUUUUGACAAAACAUUACCACCGGGUGUCGCACCUGAUGGUUUCAUCAUCGUCGACGAGACACAAGAAUCAGACAAGGUUAACGAACUUGAGCUCACCCGUCACGAUGACAAAAAGAAGGAAGAGGCUGAGAAACCCAUGUUCAAAAUCGUUUUUGGUGACGAAAGUAUAUCGAGACUCUACAAGAAACGUGUCAAAGACUUUUUUCACAGACUUGUAUCCGGAGACAUACAAAUCGAUGAAUCCUAUCUGGAUAAAUCUCAUUUGGUACUUGAGGUUCGCAGCAAAAAAACAAGCCGCAAACGCAGUCACGAUCAUUUAGAAGUCAAUGAAGUUGAAAAAUCCAAUAAUCAUGGAGAAGAAAGUUUUGAUAUGCUGUUCAGAAUUGAGAACAGACCGACGAUACAGGACAGGCUUGAUGUGCCUACCUAUGGAAAGAAAUUCGACCAAAUAAUGAAGUUGACGAGCGAAGCUGACAAGGCAGGUGAGGAAGAAAGCAAGUCUGCGUGUCGACCAAAGAUGAACUGUUUCAACUGCAUGGGAAAUCAUUCGAUCCGAGAUUGUCCCGUGCCACGUAAUUACAAUGAGAUUCAAAAGAACAGGAAUGAAUUUACUUCUCGAACGGUACAGAAAGUCGGUCGUUAUCACGUGGAAAAUGACGAUCAAAGACAUGAACGAUUUGUCCCGGGUCAAAUAAGCCGAGAAUUGAAGAGGGCCCUUGGAAUUGGGGAUAAUCAACUUCCACAUUAUAUAUACAGAAUGAGAAAACUUGGCUACCCUCCAGGGUGGUUGAAGGAAGCGAGACUUCAGCACUCUGGUAUGAAUCUUUACAAUUCGGAUGGUGUUCUCGAGAUGGAAGAUACGGACGAGGCUGGUGAGAUAUUUGAAAACGGUGAUAAAGACCAAUACGACUUGGAAAAGAUCAAGGACUUUCCGGGUUUCAACGUUCGACCUCCAUCCGGUACGAGAGAGGAUGAUAAAAAGUACUGGAAGUCGAAUCGAUACACGUCUAACAGCAAGGAAUCGCUGCUCGCUAUGAUUAGCGAGAAAAAAGUCGAGGGGUACAAGAGGAAAAAGCUUAAACGUACGAUAGAACCGAGUACUGAUAACAUUGAGCAAACUCCUACUGAAAUGGAUGUAGAAAAAGAUGUUGAUGACAACGUCGUCGAAAACGUUUCGGUAAAUGGCUUUUUCAUUCCUCCUUUGCCGAAAAGUCCUGCAAAACCACCGUUGCCACUCGAUUCAGAAGAUGGCGCAAUAGAUUCGCCGAAAGGAGAACUUCCAAUCAACGAAGCUGUGGCAUCUCCUGGUACCGUCGAUUCUCCAUCUUUGGCUGACCUCGAGCGACGCAAAAAACAGUUGUUAGCAGAGCUCGACGACUCGAGCCAACCGUCACCUCCGAGCACGCCAGUUACGAGUAGAUCGUGUAGCUCAACAUCCCAUAGUUCAUGCGUCGACCAGCAGGAACCCCAAAAAGCUUCGAUCACAAAUGACCCGCCGCAAACCGUAGAAGCAAUGUGUAGUUUGACAACGCCGUCUCGAGGAUCGGUUAAGUCGGUAGAUUUGGGUACUCCCUUACUCGAGAGUACAUCGCCGUACAGCAAGCUUCCAUCGGUUGAAAAUUUCGCCAAAGAUGUUUGCGAUAUCAUUAAUUUCGAAAAUUUACCGGAUUCGACCGGUAAGUACGAAAAGAUGUCGGGUAUAUUGCAGAAAGUUCGUAAUACCCUCGCUAUGAAUCAGCAAGAAUAACAAACCGGUAAAGCAUUUGAAAACAUCGAUGAUUGGCGAUUUUUUGUCUCUAUCUGAGUGCUCAUUUUUUUUGAGCGAACAAAAUAUGACGCGAGGAGAAUCAGAUCUCCUUACAUGAGUACAUAUUCGAAUGAGAGCUAGAAUCUUUACAGAUCUUAGUAUUAGUAAUAAAAAUAAUGGCGAAAAUUCUGACAGCCAUCGUAUUUCAUUAAUUAUAUAUUAUCAAAUAACACUUAACUUUUUGAUGACUCAAUUAAUUUCGGAAGAUGUAUAUUUAUAGUUAUAUUUCGAUGGAAAAAUUGGUACAAAUUUGGUGUUCAAUGAAUAUUCCACAAAUUUGUAAAUUCUACUGCACAAAGUUGAAACCCCUUCGAGGUAACCGAGAUGCGUGUGUGAGUGUAGGUACACUCUUUUUCAUACCUACAUACAUUCAUGUGUAAAUAUACAUUUAUCUAAAUAUAAGAAUAUUUUUUAAAUAAAUAAAAAAAGUGAGUGAAAA